UAUAAUUCAUUAUUUUGCAACAAAAAUGUUGAUAAAUGCUGGCAUUUCGCUUUACUAUGCAUCAUUAAUCUGGAUGAUAAUAUGUUCCUGGAAUGAUCUUCUAACACUUUCCCUGGAGUUAAAAGGAGUGUCUUCAAGUUGCUGCACUUGCGAUGAAGCAUUGUAUCAAAUUACGUUCCAAGGAAUAUGGUCUAAGAACACUCAUCCCAAAGACUACCCACAAAGUGAAUGGUUGAUUCAUUGGUCAGAUAUAGCAGGUGCCAGUCAUACCAAAGAUUUAAAGAUUUGGGAAAUAGGAGGUUUUGCGUCACCUGCCCUAAAAAUGGUGGCAGAAUAUGGCGAUACCAAAAAGGUCGAAAAUGAACUAAAAAGGAAAGCAAAAUACGUUCGAACCAUUUUAAAAAUGAAGGGCUUAUUUCCUCCUAAUGUUCAGGGUGAAACUAAAGGUACUAUAAGAGUAGACAAAUAUAGACAUUUUCUUUCUUUGGUUAGUAUGUUAGGUCCCAGCCCGGACUGGAUAACUGGACUUGAUUCUGUUAAUCUCUGCCUCGAGAAUUGUUCUUGGGUUCCUAAUAUGAAUAUCGAUUUAUGGCCUAUCGAUGCAGGAACCGAUAAUGGAAUUACUUAUAUGUCGCCUAACAAACCAUCGAUUCCUGCUCAAAAGAUCAAAUAUAUCACGAAAAUAGACCCUAACCAUUCAGAUUCUCCUUGGUUCGAUUUGCACGCUUAUCAAAAAUUUUCCGAAUCAUUCAAUGAAUCGAAUCCGAUGCUAUUCGCAUUGCAACCUGGUUAUUUAGUUAAACCGAUUGCCCGAAUUACCUUGCAGAGACUGAAAAUAUAUGAACUCGAUUGCAAUAGUAGUCUAUACCAAAAUUUUGUUGAAAAUUAUUUCAAAAAUGAUAGCGAAAAUUUCGCUGAUGGGGGCAAUGCCGAUAACACUGAAAUCAAUCUCAACAACGACGAAUUUAUGCGAAAAAAGUUGCUGAUGAUGAACCCAGGUUCGAUCGACCAAAAUGACCCCUGCGCUGCCACUAUAUGGUCCGGCUGGAGUCCUUGUAGCGUUACUUGCGGUAAAGGUAUAACCAUGAAGCGACGAUAUUUGGUAAAUUCCGAUAAAGCGGAAAUGUGUAAAUCGGUCAAUUUAAUAGAAAAGGGAAUAUGCGUUGCCGAUAUACAAGAUUGUGAAUCCAUACAUCCCAAAUGCUCCCUUACACAUUGGGGAACUUGGACACCUUGUUCAGCUACCUGUGGUAAAGGUAUGAGAUUUAGAACAAGGAGUUACGAGAACGAAGCAGGUGCUUUGAUGAUGGGAUGCACCUUCGAUUUGAUGGAAAAAGAAAUUUGUAUGGAAAUUCCUGAGUGCCAGAAUCAAGCUGAUAAAAGAUGCCAAACCACUCUUUGGUCAAGUUGGUCUGAUUGCACUGUUGAAUGCGGUACUGGAAUAAGAUACCGAUCUAGGUAUUACGUGACGCCAAAGAAAGCCAAAAAACAAUGUUUAGAAGAUCUUAUAGAGAAAGAAUCGUGUCAUGGUAGAUUUGGAAUAACUUGCGAAAUCAUCGAAAACAGCUUAAACGACCCCCACAAAAUUUAUUCUUCAUCCUCUCAGUCUUUAAAUGAACCUGAUUGCCGGCUGACUUUAUGGUCUGAAUGGUCACCAUGUACAUCUUCUUGCGGUACUGGUACCAGGGUUAGAACCAGAUAUUUUGUACCUGAUUUGACCAUUAAAAAUGCCCCAAUUGUAAAUUUCGAUUUGGCCUCAAAUGACCAGUUAUCAUGCUUAUCUUCGAAUCCUAAAUUACGAGAUUCCAAGCUAUUUGAAACCGAGAUAUGUCAGGGCUUUCAACCACAAUGCAUAAUGAAUGUCAGUAGCAGUGAAAGUACUUGCAUGCUCUCUCCUAUAAAAGGACCUUGCAGAGGACAGUUUCAUAGAUGGUACUUUAAUGUUAAACUUAAACAAUGUCGAAGAUUUUGGUACGGAGGCUGCCAAGGAAAUCUCAACAACUUUCACAAUUAUUUGGAUUGUAAACAAAUGUGUGAGAUGGUUAUACCAAAAGAUUACGAUGGAUCUAAGCAAACAAAUCGGAAGAAAGUUGAUUGCAUGGUAAGUGAUUGGUCGGAAUGGUCAAGUUGUUCUAAAAAAUGCGGAAAAGGAACCAAAAACAGAAGAAGAAUGAUUAAAAGAAACCCUGAAAAUGGUGGCGAACUCUGUCCCGAUGAAACUUAUCAAUUUGAAUAUUGCAACGAAAAAGAAUGCGAAAAUGAAAAUUGUAUAUAUGGACCCUGGUCUGAAUGGACCCUUUGCGAAAAUUGCUUGUCAGGCUCAUUACAGAUGCGACAUAAACCAACUUUGGAAUUACCCUUCGCAGUUUACCCUAACCAGUCACGAAAUUGUCAAGAAUUAAAGGAGGAACGUGAGUGCAGCUACUCUUACUUUUGCACCAAGAAUUAUGCGUCGGCUUAAAAAUUUUUUUUAAAAUAAUUUAAAAUAUUUUCGCUUUUAUCUAAAUACAAUAAAUUAACAGAUUAUAAUGACAAUUUUUAUGAUUGAAUUAUCCCAUCGCCAUAUAGUAUAUUUUAUUGGUAAUUAUA